AUGGCGUCCAGGCCGGCGGAGCGCGCGCCGAGCGCGGCGCUGAGCAUGGGCGAGGGGCGCGACGCGAGCGCUGUGCGCGAGACGCGUACGCUACAGCUGCAGACCCACGAGCCGAGCGGGCGGCGUAUGGUGAACCAGUAUAUCAUCGAGGACGAAAUUGGGCACGGCGUGCAUGGCCGCGUGCGCCUGGCGCGCGACGCUGCGAGCGGCGAGCGCGUUGCGGUGAAGAUUGUACCACGCGAGGUGCGGCGCAAGCUCGGCGACCGCCAGGCCACUACACCGCUCACCGACGAAAAGGUCCUGCGGGAAAUUGCGAUUAUGAAAAAGUGCCAGCACCCGAAUGUCGUGCAGCUCAAAGAGGUGAUUGACGACCCGCACAGUCGCAAGAUCUUUAUGGUGCUCGAGUACAUGGAGCGCGGCGAGAUCGAAUGGAAGGACUAUGCGGGGCGCCCGACCAUGACGGUCGACGAGACUCGGCGCACCUUUCGCGACGUGGUCCUCGGCCUAGAGUUCCUGCACUACCAGGGCAUUGUGCACCGCGACAUUAAGCCGGCGAAUCUGCUCUGGGACGCAGACUGCAACGUGAAAAUCUCCGACUUUGGCGUGUCGCACCUGAGCCUCGCGCCGAGUGCAGACGCGGCGGCGAGCCAGGCGAACGCCAUGCUCGACGAGGCCGCGCUCGCCAAGACCGCCGGGAGCCCCGCGUUCUUUGCGCCAGAGCUCUGCCUGUGCGGCGACGGCGGGGUGCAGUUGCCGAUUACCAAGGCGAUCGAUGUAUGGGCGCUCGGCGUGACGCUCUACUGCCUCUUGUUUGGCCACCCGCCGUUCAUGGCCGAGACGGAGUACGCACUAUUUGGCGUGAUUCCGUACGAUGACUAUGUCUUGCCGACGACCAUGGGCGCGGAUGAGGCCGUGAUUGGGCCGCGCGGGCCGCGCUGGGCGCCGCGCACGAGCCCCGGGUCGGACGAGGAGCAGGAGGACGCGCUGCCGCCGCCGCCGCCGGUCGGCAGCGACGUGCCGCCCGACACGCUCUCGCGCGACGCACGGCUCGUGCGCGACCUGCUCGACCGCCUCCUCGAAAAAGACCCGCGGAAGCGCAUCACGCUCGAUGGCGUCAAGCAGCAUCCGUGGAUCGUGCAAAACCUCCCGGACGCCGACGACUGGCUGCACCAGACCGACCCUGCGCUCGAGCCGUCGGUGCAGGUGUCGCAGGAAGAGGUCGUCGAGGCGCUUACCGGCCUGCCCCGCCUAAAGCAGAACCUCAAGCGGCUGCAGAGCCGGCUCGCGGGCUCGCUGUACAUGCGGCGCACGAGCUCCUCGUCGAGCGGCGCGUCAACGCUGAGCGAGGAGCCGUGGUCGCCGACCUCGUCGAUCACGUCGCGCUCCGAGACGGCGACGCCGGGCAGCGCCACGUCGGCGCACUCCUUUGCGAAUGCGUCGCGCCUCUUUCAGCGCGUUCCACUUGUGCGCACCGCGACGCUCCCUGCGCGGCGGCCGCAGCCCAGUGCGCCGCCGAUACGCACCGCGUCGAUGGAGCACGCGACGACCGAGCCGCCGACGCGCUCCGCGUCGCGCACGUCGCUGUGGCUUGCGCCGGGCACAACCGAAACCCACCCCUCUGUCCCCUCUGCUGUGACGCUGGAGCCUGCGAUGGACACGCUCCGCGUCGACGACUACGACCACGAUUUAUCGGACGACGACUUGGACGAGGACGUCGUGUCCCACUCCUCGAGCUCGCGGCGCACCGUCGACACCGUGUCGGACGAGCCGCGUGCGCGGGACACGUAA